AUGAAGUUCUCCAUCACUCUGCCAGUCAUCGCUGCCAUCCUGAACGUUGCUUCAGCAGACCUCCACUACGGCGGUAUCUGUGCCGACUGGAUUAAUGGCGCAGCAACCUACAACCAAGCCGCCACAGAACAGGCCUGCGACUCGUACUUCAAGCGAAAUAAGGGAAGCGAGCAGUGGAACACCUGCCCUGAUUGCAAGAUGGCAGACAAGGGUGGCAUGUCCAUCUGUAUCUCCUAUGACUGGCACAUGGGCGGUGAUGAGUGGGAAUACUACUGCAAGUUGCACGGUGCCGGCGGCGCUAUCGCUUCUUAA